AAUUCAGAAGCGGGAAAAACUACCCGUUUCAAAUUUAAACGAACAAAACCAUUCAAUUUCCUUAUAAAAGUCCAUCCAUCUUCCCUGAAUGAAAUUUCUUUGAUUGAAUUUCAUGUUGCAGCAGAGAUGGAUUUUUAUUCCUUGAAAAGAAAGGAACUUCAAGCCCUGUGCAAGAAGCAUGGCAUCCCCGCAAAUAAAACCAACCUCGAAAUGGCAGAGUGUUUGACUGCCUCGCUCAAGGUAAACGGAAAUGCCACUUCUGAAGAAGGUAAUGAGAAAAAUUCUAAGGACGCAGUGAACAAGUUCAAGAAAGUUAGAUUCAGUCGUGAUAAUGAAACCCGGGAAUAUGAGCCUUCGGCAAAUCCAAAGCCUAGAUGGAGUAGAAGGAAGACAACUUUGGCAAAUCCAGUGUCCAAGGAAUCGGGACAUAACAAUCUUUCUAAGGAGGUUGUUAGAAAGAAGAGAGGGAGGGGAAGUGAAAAGGUCGAAAGUGAUUGUAGGAUCACUCGUUCACGGGCUAAGGUUGACUCGGAGACCUUUUCUGUGUUGCAGAAAUCUACAGCAUCUCAAAAGGGGGAGGAAAGCAAAAACACUGCCAGGGAUAGUGUUGAAGCUAGAAAUGGUUUCAGGCGAUCAAUAAGAAAUAUGGCUAAAGGUACCGACUCUGAACUGAUGAAAGUUGAUGUCGUUAGUACGAUCACAAGUUCUGGAGCUCAGUUUGAGGGGAAUGCUUCUACAAUUGAAGGUAAAGGUGAAAAUGAAGUUGUUGGCGUUAUGAAAGAAUGUGAAGGGGUCAUUCAGAUUAAAGAAUCUUCAAAGGGUUUAGGUAGAAAUGGUUGUAGACGAAAAUCUGUAGCACACCUUAGUGAUCAGGUGGAAAGUUAUAGUCAGCAGGUGUUAAAAGAGGCUGGAAAGCGAUCAAAGAAUUUAGAUUUUGAAGUUGCUAAUGAAGUUAAAGCUUCUUUAGAUUCUAGAGAACACAUGGAGAAGGCCUCUAUAACCGCUGCUGGUCCACGGAGGUCCAGGCGCAAAGCUGCUGUGUUGAGCUCUACUGCCGCCACUAGUGAACAGGGAGCCCGAGAAGCGGUUGGAAAGGUGAAGCAAUCAAAAGAAAAUGUUUCAGGAGAAGAUGCCAAAGUGUCUAAUGAACUGCGGAGGUCUACCAGGAAUGCUUCUAGACAAAGUUCAGUGGCUACCUGCAAUGAAAUGAAUGAAAUUGUUGAUGUGGUUAGUACGAUUGCAAGUUCUGGAGCUCAGUUUGCAGGGAAUGCUUCUACAAUUGAAGGUAAAGGUGAAGAUGAAGUUGUUGGCGUUAUGAAAGAAUGUGAAGGGGCCGUUCGGAUUAAAGAAUUUUCUAAGGGUUUGGUUGGAAAGGGUUCUCGGCGAAAAUCUGUUGCACACCUUAGUGAUCAGGUGGAAAGUUAUGGUCAGCAGGUGUUAAAGGAGGCCAGAAAGCGAUCAAAGAAUUUAGAUUUUGAGGUUGCUAAUGAAGUUAAAGCUUCUUUAGAUUCUCUAGAACAUAUGGAGAAGGCCUCUAUAACUGCUGCAGGUCAACGGAGGUCCAGGCGUAAAGCUGCUGUGUUGAGCUCUACUGCUGCCACUAAUGAACAGAAAGCCGGAGAAGCGGUUGGAAAGGUGAAGCAAUCAAAUGAAAAUGUUUCAGGAGAAGAUGCCAAAGUGUCUAAUGAACUGCGGAGGUCUACCAGGAAUGCUUCUAGACAAAGUUCGGUGGCUACCGGUAAUGAAAUGAAUGAAAUUCCUGAUAGUGUUGGAAAGCGAUCAAAGAAUUUAGAUUUUGAGGUUGCUAAUGAAGUUAAAGCUUCUUUAGAUUCUCUAGAACAUAUGGAGAAGGCCUCUAUAACUGCUGCAGGUCAACGGAGGUCCAGGCGUAAAGCUGAUGUGUUGAGCUCUACUGCUGCCACUAAUGAAAAGAAAGCCGGAGAAGCUGUUGGAAAGGUGAAGCAAUCAAAUGAAAAUGUUUCAGGAGAAGAUGCCAGAGUGUCUAAUGAACUUCGGAGGUCUACCAGGAAUGCUUCUAGACAAAGUUCGGUGGCUACCGUUAAUGAAAUGAAUGAAAUUGCUGAUAGUGUUGGAAAGGUUGGACAACUGAAACGAAAGCGUGAAGCAGUUCAUAAGACAGGAGCCUCUCUGGAUGGAUCCUUGGUUGCUGAGCCUCCAAGAAGAUCCACAGUAGAAGCCUUAAAAAGUGGCUUGGUUGGAAUUUGCAAAUCUGUUGAGGAGAAAGCAACAGAGCAUAUCCAGAAUGCCAAUUACAUUAAUAUUUCACCUCUAAGCGAAGACACUGGAUUGACUAUGCCAGAAGCUGCUUUUAAAAACUUUGAGAAGAGGGAGGAAUCCAAAAGCAAAACCAGAGGAAAAAGAAGUAUUGCUACUGUGGAUGUUUCAGCUUUGCAUUCUGACACUGGGGAAGAGAUGGAUACUGCAACAAAUUUAGUGGAGGCUUCAAUUUCAGCUUUGCAUUCUGACAUUGGGGAAGAGAUGGAUACUACAACAAAUUUAAAGGAGUCUUCAAUUUCAGCUUUGCAUUCUGACAUUGGGGAAGAGAUGGAUACUGCAACAAAUUUAGAGGUGAAUUUGGCUUCAACAGCACUCACGUUGGCAAGUGCUGCCACUGAAGAAGACACUGGAUUGACUAUACCAGAAGCUGCUUUUGAAAACUUUGAGAAGAGAGGGGAAUCAAAAAGCAAAACCAGGGGAAAAAGAAAUGUUGCUACUGUGGAUGUUUCAGCUUUGCAUUCUGACAUUGGGGAAGAGAUGGAUACUGCAACAAAUUUGGAGAAGAAUUUGGCUUCAACACCACUCAAGUUGGCAAGUGCUGCUACUGAAGAAGAAGCAUCAAAUGAAAAUGUUUCAGGAAAAGAUGCCAAAGUGUCUAAUAAACUGCAGAGCUCUACCACGAAUGCUUCUAGACAAAGUUUGGUAGCUACCUUUAAUGAAAUGAAUGAAAUUGCUGAUAGUGUUGUAAAGGAUGGGCAACUGAAACGAAAACGUGAAGCACUUAAGGAGAAAGAAGCCUCUCUGGAUGGAUCCUUCGUUGGAGAACCUCCAAGACUAUCUUCACUAGAAGCCUUAGAAAGUAGCUUGGUUGGACUUUCCGCACCUUGCAAAUCUGUCGAUGAGAAAGCUACAGAGCACUUCAAGAAUGCCAAUUACAUUACUAUUUCACCGCUAAGGGAAUACACUGGAUUGACUAUGCCAGGAGCUGCUUUUGAAAGCUUUGAGAAAAGAGGGGAAUCCAAAAGCAAAACCGGAGGAAAAAGAAGUAUUGCUACUGUGGAUGUUUUGGCUUUGCGAUCUGAAAUUGCGGAAGAGAUACAUACUGCAACAAAUUUAGAGAAGAAUUUGGCUUCAACACCACUCAUGAUGGCAAGUGCUGCUACAGAAGAAGCAUCAAAUGAAAAUGUUUCAAGAAAAGAAGCCAAAGUGUCCAAUGAACUGCAGAGGUCUACCAUGAAUGCUUCUAGACAAAGUUUGGUAGCUACCUUUAAUGAAAUGAAUGAAAUUGCUGAUAGUGUUGGAAAGGUUGGGCAACUGAAACAAAAACGUGAAGCAGUUGAGGAGACAGAAGCCUUUCUGGAUGGAUCCUUGGUUGGAGAAUUUCCAAGAAAAUCUACAUUAGAAGCCUCAAAAAGUGGCUUGGUUGGACUCUCUCCACCUUGCAAAUCUGUUGAGGAGAAAGCAACAGAGCAUAUCAAGAAUGCCAAUUACAUUACUAUUUCACCAUUAAGAGACGACACUGGAUUGACUGUGGCAGAGGCUGCUUUUAAAAGAUUUGAGAAGAGAGAGGAAUCUAAAAGCAAAACCAGAGGAAAAAGAAGCAUUGCUACUGUGGAUGUUAAAGCUUUGCAUUCUGACCCUGGGGAAGAGAUGGAUAUUGCAACAAAUUUAGAGGAGAAUUUGGCUUCAACACCUCUUAUGUUGGCGAGUGCUGCUACAGAAGAAGCAUCGAAGAUUGUAGGGAAGCCUGAGGUUAUUAAUGAUGACAACAUUGUUCGGGUAGUUGACAUAGGGAAAUUUGUCUCAGAUACCAAGGGAGGUGUAGAAGACCAAUCACAUCAAUCACCGGAGAUCUGGGCAAAUUUAGUCAAUAAUAAUUCAGAUGAACUUAAGUUGGCAAAAUUUCAAGCAGAAGCUUGUGACGUGGCUUCUCCAUCUGUUGGCUUCUCAUCUGCAAAUCAAUCUGCUUUUGAAGUUGAAAGCUCCAAUAUCUCAAUAUUGGAGAAAGUGAUCAUAAGAGUAGAAAUGUCAACAGGCAAGGAUGAAUGCUAUGGUAGUGAUGGUAUCUGUGAUAAUUCAGUUGAGGUUGAUAGGAUAUCUAUUCAGGAGGAUGGAGUCUGUGGUCUAGAAGGGACUGAGCAGGAUGAUAUAAAAUAUGGAAUCGAGCACAAUCUGGUUCCUGAUAAUGGGAGAUCGUUACCAGAAGUCAGUACAGAGAUUGUUACCGAGAGCACCAAAAAUGUGUGCCAGGAAAGUAAUAAAACUGUAUCAACUAAUUCUAAUUUUGAGGAUAGAAAGAAUGUUUUGGACAGAAUGGUACCAGAUGGUUUGCCUCAAUUUUAUUUUGCGAAUCUGGAAGAUGGAAACAUAAGCAAUACUGCAAUGGCAAAGAACUCCAGUGAUGAGGUUUUAUGCGAGCAAAUCUUUGGGGAUUGCAUGGCUGGGAAAGAAGAAGCUAGUUUUGAUAGUAAUGGUGGAAAAUCAUUUUCAUUGGAAGCACCAUCUGCGUCAGAGAUUCAAGAACUGCCUUCUAAGAAGCUUCACCAUUAUGAAGAGACAGUUGUAGAAAGCAACAACGGUGUUGAUGUUGUCACGGAUGUGCCUAUUACCAAGUAUUGUAACGCAGUUAUGAAUAUGGAAGAUAGCCAAAAUAUGGAUGGAGAGCCUGAACCGGAUGGAACGCCUGAGCCAAAUGGUGAACAGCAUGCCAAGAAGUCCAAGGAUUCUGGGUACUGUGUGGAAGUUGAGCCUGGUGAUUAUGGUGGUUGCCAAAAGGUAGCUGCAAAGGUGCACUCUGGUGCUGACUCAAGUUCCAGUCGGACAAUUCGUGAAGAAUCUAGUGAUUCACAAAUAGCAGUUAAGGAAGUGGUCAGUGGCAAGUUCGUGGAAGAACAGCUGAACGCAGCACAACGUGAUCAGGUUGCAAGGGAGGGUACUCUGGAGGAUGCUUGGGUAGUUAAGCUUUCUAACAAUGGUGGUAGCGAGGAAGGUCCUACCCAGGUGAAUGACAGUUCUGAUGAAAGUUUGACUGAGAGCACUUGUCGAGAAAGUGAAUUUUCCGAGGGAAAGAAUGUUGAAUCGAUGUCCCAGUUUCCCGAGCGCAUCAAAAGGAUUAACGGGAUGGAGGAGAAAGAAAUAACAUGUGAAGUGAGCGACGCCAAGGUUGACAGCAUUGUGAAAUUUAUUGGUUAUCACAUGGAUGAGGAGGCUGCAGAUGUGCAUGAUGUAAUCCGUGAAAAUGAUGAAGCAACUGCCAAUAAAACAUGCACGAUGACAAUAGAGAUGAAGGAGGCACGAAGUGGAGGGUUUUCAAAGAAAAAUAGCAUAGUGGAGCCUGGUAAAGCAAUUUUAGAUCGUGAAGAUGAGUUAUCAAAAGUUAAUGAUGCUGGUCCAGUUGCUUUCUCUGCGGUUGCAUCUACUGAUUUUGGAGGCCUUGAUAAGACAUCUGACGGGGCGACAGUGAGGGCAAUUGAGCUUGAAAAUCUCGAAGAGAAGUCUGGAUCGGAGUUGGACAUGAGUGAUUUUAUAGCCUUGGGUAUGGAUGUCAAAGCUGCAGAAGCAAAUGAAAAAUUUGAAAACGUGGAUGGCAAUUUGAAAGGCAAGGAUUUCAAAAACCACGCCGAGAAGGAAUCUGACAACAUUGUUUUUUCAUCCCAUGAGAUUGCAUCCUUAAAGAUUCAGGUUGAAUCUGCGAUGUUCACCAACUGGGAGGUGAAUUUGAUUCAAGGGAAUGGUGAAGAAGAUCAAGUAAUAAUAUCUGAUGAGGAUCUCUUGGACAAUUCGAUGAGCAAGGAUUCAGGGCAUGUAAUGCAUGCAGAAGAAGAUAAAGUUGAAAAACUUGAAGAAGUUUUGGAACACAGUUUGGUUAGUGAGGAUUCUGGCCAUACUGUGCAGAUAAAAGACGUUACCGAUAUUCAAAAACUUGGACAAGUUGCUGAAAUGCAGUUUAAUGAGGCUCUCCAUUCUGUCACAAAAGAGCCCAUAGUUGAUCAUGGUCAAUAUGAAGUAUCUGCCAUCAACCAAGAGUUUAUUGACAUCCAGAAUUAUGAGGAUAGAAGGGUUGAGAAUUUUUUCUUUUCUUCACAGGAAGAUGUUUGGGUAGAAGCAGAUAACGUUGAUGGUAAAGAUGAUUUAAUUAAGUGCAAUGCAAAAUGUGCUCCUGAGAACAACAUCUCCUACUGUAGCUUUCAAGGAAUCAUUGAAAAUAGAGCAUGUGCUGAAGACAAAGAAGUUUGCGCACCCACCACUGGGAAGAUUGACAUACUAAAAGAGGUGGCAGAUGGAGAGACUGCUCUGUCAGUUUCUUCAGAUGAAGAAUCACAUGAAAUGGCAAGGACCAAGCUACAAACGAUUGUAUCAAAUUGCAGCAAUUGUGAAGAUAACAGACCUGCAGAAAUUUUAUUAUUUGCUGAUACAUAUUCUGGUAAACCUGAAAUCGCUUCAGGUUGUUCUUUCACACAGCAGAAUGAAAUUGCAAAAGCAUCUUCUGAAGAGUUUGAGGAAAAAGUGAAGGAGAACGAUGACAUCAUAAUAGGAGAAAAUGGCAAGGCUCAGAAGGCUCGGGGAGAUCUAAGUGACCCGACAGAUGUAUCAAGCCAAGGAAAUGGUGCAAGUUGCUGCCAGGAGGUUGCUGAAGAGCAAAUUAAUGUGCACCAAGAUGCAGUGAAUGAAUUAGCUUUAAUGGAUGAUGUUGAUUAUCUAACUCUCAACAAACUCUCAUGUGAAAAUGAAAGUAAGAUACAUUCCUCAGAGGCUGGGGAAGCACAUUGUUUGCAGAAGCUUGACGAUGAGGUACUCACUGUUGUUGAACCUAAAAAUAAAGACGAUUUUGAAAAUCUUGACACUCUGUCUCCAUUCAAAAGUGAGCUACUCAUUGAUUGCUCGACUAUUUCUGCUGUUUGUUCUUCUCCUUAUCAUGAAAGUGAAGCCUUGGAAAUGAAAAGUGAGGGUACUGAAGAGUCAAAGAUGCAGGAUAAUAUGCCUACCAAGACUGAUGACGCCCAAGGUUCUAUUGUUUGCGAGUUUAAAGAGAAUGAAUCUGUCAAUGUUGAGCAUUUUCACGUUUUGUCACAAACGGAGACCUUGGUGGAAAAUUCUGAGGCAAACACUUUUCAAGAUGCUGCUUCACUGGAGCUAACAUUGAAGUGUGAGCCGAGCAACUUAAAACAAGAUAAUAUUGGCAAUCUUAUUGUUGAAGAUGUGGGAGAGGCAAAGGAGUCAACCAAGGACAUACCAAAAAUAGUUGAAGAAAUAGUUGAUCAUUCUCCUGGAUUCACCACUUCUGGGGUUGGUCAAGACGUUACUGCUGGAGAUGGCCAUAGCGUUCAACAGAAGUUGCUAGCACCUGUAAAGACAAGUUCGCAUCCGGGAAAAGAGGAAGAACUUAACGUGUAUGGUGGAGAUUCGGUGAUGAAAAGGAAGACUAACUCAAUCAGUUUGAUUCAAGGGACACCUCAAAAAGCUCUGGACUCAUAUGUUAUGAAAGAGAAUGCACCAAGCACCAAGAGGGAGAAAGUAGGUGACGUGACGGCCCAGAAAACGUUGCCAAAGAGGCGCCCUCUAGAGGAUCUGAGGAAGCAAUAGGUGAUUGGGCCUUCCCCAAUAUAUUAUGGAAUUUUUAUUUGGGUAGUGAAAUGACUGUUUUUGCUCAUUUGUGAAGUAAAUUAACAUGUCCAACUUGUUUGUUCAAGUUCACGUCUGUUGUCUAAUAUUCAGAUGCUUCAAAAGUUCAUCUUUAUGUUGAUUGUACAAGAAGUUACAUAUAAACUAGGGGAGAAAUUACUAAAACUUGGCACUCAGCGAGUCAAGUGAUUCUUGAAGUGAAGAAUUAAUGAUUAAUGUUGAUUGUUGUGAA